AUGAUUACUACGGUUCGCAAGACCAUCGGGGCCGGCUUGUCGGUGUUAGCGCUCGGCUCUACGACACUGGCUGAACGCUGCGAGAGAUCUUGUUUAGAAGGCCUCAUAUCGGACUACCUCAAUGCUUUAAUAGCCCACGACCCAUCGAGUUUGCCGACAACCCCGGACGUAAAAUACGUAGAGAACGAUCAGAUAUUACCGCUCGGCACUGGCGAGUGGCAUAUCGUGGAGUCACUAGGGAAGUACAACCACACGUUCUCUGAUCCCGAAGCAGGCCAGGUUGCGACCAUCACUACCAUUACCGAGAAUGGCGUGGGCGCUAUCUAUCUUGUCCGCCUUAAGGUAGAAGAAGACGGAAAGAUAAGCGAAAUCGAAUCACAAAUCACACGCGAUUCGGACGGUGCAGAGCUCUAUGAACAGCGAGGUCAGCCGGAAGCCGUUUGGUUCGAAACUGUACCUCCCGAGGAACGGAUUACCCGGGAUGAGCUGAUAUCACAAACCAACAAGUAUUACACCGGCAUGCAGGGAAACGACCCCAAGGGUGACUAUAGCUUCUUCGAUAAAGAAUUGGACGAGGAGCGCCAGGCCGUCUUUGCUAUCACUACUCUGGAUCAUAAUGCUACGGUGAAAUUGUUGCCCAGCGUGAAUGGCACAUCCUCGCCAAUACCGCGUUACUUCGAAACGCCUCGUUCGUUGAGAGCCAUGGAGGCAUUUCGCUUGCGUGGCGAGAAGCUUUAUCGCAUCGAAAUGGCACUAACCGAAGUUCCUUAUAACAUGCGAGCGGCAUUCCCCGAUGUCCCACCCGUAGAUCUCAGCGGGCCCGGUACAAACUUCACCGCGUAUCCGAUUCCGUGCGACCAGGUCUGCCUCGAGAAUGUAGUGGGAGAUGUACUCAUGGCGAUCCGGGUCCACGACUACACGCGUGUACCCCUAGCGAAGGGUGCACGCUACUCGGAGAAUGGCCAAUUUGUAGCGUUCGGAGAUGGUCUAUGGGAGACACUAGAAGCAAUUACUUGGACGGACAGGUACGGAACGGUCUUAUCCGAUUCGGAAAGCGGGACAGCUGGCUACUGGGGAUUCAGUACGGAGCACAGUAUACCGGGUGUGCUUUCGCUACGUAUAAAGGUUGACAAUGGCCAAAUAACAGAAAUCGAAGCGAACGUUGUACGUGGAGAGACUACGGAUAGUCGUGGCGGUACAGUAACGCUUAUGCGCCCGCCGCUUCCAGUCGAGUGGGAGGGUAAUACCACAAGUCUCCUCGAUCCCGCGUUCCAGGCAUAUAGCACCAACGGUGAGAUUCCGUCGGAAUUGUUGAGUGCAUAUUUCGAUGGGCUAGAGAAGCAUUCAAGCAAGGGUGUGCCAUUUGCAGAAGAAUGCAUUAGACGCGAUAACUUUGGCCAGGGGGAUCUGACUUGUGCUGAUCAGCUGGAUGGGAAGGGACCGGCUCCGAAUGGUCUCUCUAACACUACAACAACAGUGCGUGACCGACGAAUCCUAGUUGCGGAUAGUAAGAGAGGAGUCGUGUUGGCCGUGGCUCUGGUGGAUGAACCUGCCAACGGUCCCGGUCCACUGUCGCCGGCAGGUCGUGUCCCGGGGACUUACAUGAUUCCACAGUUAAUCAAAGUUGAUGAGGGGUUGAUUUCCCAUAUUGAAAGUGUGAUUAAAUGGGUUCCAUUUGGAUACACAUCUGCGUGGACAGAGGCGGGUGAGAAAGCAGAGACUUCUCAAGAGCUCGUCACUCAGUUCAACAAGUUCUUAGGCGACCCGGCACAAUUUGGACUUAUCGUGACUAUCACCGGGGAGUCCCUGACCCCGUCAACUACGCUCCCACGAUCCUCUCUAUCGAGCACCUUCGAUGCCGACCUUCCGAAGCUAUCCUCUUAUAUAAAACCCGAUGAACCCCUCUAUAUAAUUCUACGCAGAUAUGACACUGCUCCGUACCUAAUAGCUGUUACCUAUGUGCCGGACACGGCCAAGGUACGGCAGAAGAUGCUGUUCGCGUCGACGCGGUUGACGCUAGUGCGUGAGCUAGGAUCUGAUCACUUCCGGGAGACGAUCUUCGCGACCAUGGCCGAAGAGUUGAGUGCCGAGGGUUUCAAGAAGCAUGACCGUCAUAAUCAACUUGAGGCACCUUUGACCGAAGAGGAGAGGACUUUGGGCGAGGUUAAGAGAGCUGAGGCCGAAGCUGGUGCUGGCACGGGCGUUCGUGAGAUCCAUCUUAGCAAAACCAUGAAUAUGCCCGUCGCUACCGAUGCGUUGGUCGCUCUAAGCGCUCUCGGUCGUGAGGAGGGAACUGGACUAGUGAUGCUUAAAAUCAACCCCGAGAGCGAAGUCGUAGAACUAUUCCAGGAUUCCUCCUCGCCUUCCACAAUCCCUGAGCUCGUAAAGAGCAUUUCGGCCACUGAACCCCGCUUCACUUUCUUCCGAUACAAAGCCACACCGCCGAGCGGAGGAGAAGAGAAGAACGUCAUACUCUUCUUCUACACGUGUCCCGCCUCGGCUGGAACCAAGGCUAUUAAGUUUCGAAUGAUGUACCCGCUAAUGAAGCGUGCCGUACUUGAGGUGGCCACAAAAGAGGCAGGGCUCCAGAUCGAGAAGAAAUUCGAGCUUGAGGAUCCGAGCGAGAUCACCGAACAGUCCGUUACGUCCGAGUUAUUCCCAGAGGCGGAGGUCAAAACAGCUUUCAGAAGACCCAAGCGGCCCGGCAGGUAA